AUGGAGCCUGGUAAAGAUGAUCCUGAGCUCUCUCGUCCUAUCAAAAAAAGUAGAAGGAGUUUAUCUGAAUUAAAUGCCCAUACUAAGGACCAUUCUACAUCUAAUUCAUCAUCUCAUAAGUCCAAAAAUAUAACUCAAUCUAUAUCUUUAUACGAUUUAGAAGGAGUCAGAAAAUGUGAUAAACAAAGCAUUGUUAGGUUGAGAAAAUCACUUGGAAUAGUUAAUGGAGUCUCAACAGAGGUUAAAAUGCCCCUUGUACCAUAUAGAUCAACACUAAGUAGACUUGAAAAGCGUAAAAAGGUGAAGGAACUAACAGAGGAUGACUACGUAGCAUGUAUGGAAAAUAUAAUAGAACGAGACUACUUUCCUGAUUUACUCAAAUAUAGAUAUUUGAAAGCAAUUUCUGAUGCUGAAAAUGCAGGAAAUAAAAGAUUAGCAAAGAAACUAACCAGAGAGCUGGAGAUGAUAAAAUCAGGCCAACUAAACAAUAAUGUGUACCUUAAAACUUUGGCGGAUGAGAAUAUAAUGGUGAAUUUGGGUAAAGAUGGACUUAAAUUGGAUGAGUUUAACAGGAUUUUUUCAUCAGAAGAUAACCGAAGUUUUGACAGGCUGAUGGAAAAGGAUAUCGAGUCUAAGAUAAACAAGACGAAGUGGAUAGAAGAUUCUGAAUAUAAGCAUAAUUUAGCAAUUUCUGAUAUUCAGAAGAAGACUAAUUUGGGAAUAAGAGCACAUUACACACACCAUAACAGAUUUGAGGCAAGAAAUUCACUAUAUUUCACUCCGGAACAGAGCAUCCCAGAUCAAAAACCAUGUGAAAUAAUGAGUCAAAACACCAACUUAAACAUUGAUGAAAAGGAGUUGGAAAGGAUGAAGGAAAUGCAUGUGAAGAAAAUUGAGGAGAAUAAACAACGAAUGGCUGAUGAGAAGUUAUCAGAGUUGAUAGCAGCAGAAGGGGUUUCUAAGAAUAAGGAACUGUUAAAAAACAGUAAAUACGGCAAUUCAUAUGUAUUUACACCUAAAAUUAUCGCAGGGGAAUCUGAACCUAUUUUUACUUGGGGAACAAUUUCAAGCAUCGAAUCUAUACCACCAACCCCUAUAGUUGGUUCAGACAAUAAAAGUGGACCUGAUGAUCUAACAUCUUCAGAUACUGUCAAAAAUAUAAUUAAAAGUGAUAAAAGUUUAAAGGAUGGGAAGGAGUUUAACAUGCCAAAGCCUUUGGAUCGGGAAGAAAUAGCAAAUAAAUUAUAUAAGAAGCUAAAAACACCCAAAACACCAAUGACCCCAGGAACACCUUUUACCCCAAGAACACCUCUAAUUGUCCAGAGACUAAUUGCCAAACACACUAAAAACGUCGAUGUUCAACUUAGAGAUGCUUAUUCUAUUCGUAAAUACAAGUCCUCCAAAGCAUCUUCAAUCUCAUCACAUAAAUAA